AUGGUAGCAAGGAGAAGAACCAAUACUGUGGGUGGCCUGGAAACUCCUCCUCCAGCAGCCGUUCCAGAAACUGAACAGCUGAUUGUGGAUGAAGUUGUCGAAUUAAUAUUGUCUUUUUUAAUUCUUUUUUUCUAUUUGCAGAAAAAGCUUGACGAAACUAUUGAAUGCCAACUUCAGUAUCCCAGUUUUGAGGAUGCAAUUGCAGUACCUUGGAAAUCCCUUCCAAGGAGAAUGUCAAAGCUAUACUUUGCUAUGCGAGUAAUAGAACAGUUUGAAGAGGCUGAGGGUCGUGAUCCUGGACAAACUUCAAAGGACGACCUUCCUAAGGUUUUGAAGUUGAGGAAGGAACUCUUCGAGGCACAAUCACUAAAUGAGUCUCUCAUUCCUGAUUCUCUCCUUGAGAGAUUGGUGUCGUGUACAACAGAAUUCCCUCCAGUUUGUGCUGUCAUUGGGGGAAUUCUUGGUCAGGAAGUUAUUAAAGCAAUAUCAGGCAAAGGCGAUCCCCUAAAGAAUUUCUUCUUUUUCGAUGCUAUGGACGGGAAAGGCAUCAUAGAGGACAUAUCAAAACCUGACAGUGGCAGCUAAGUUGUUUUGUUGAGGUUGUUUCAGUAUCUUUCCAAGUGGAAUUUAGCUACUAUGUGUAAUUUGAUGGGUUCUCGCGUUGACUCGCUCUGUUAUGGAUAUUGCUCACUGUUGGUUAGUAUUAUUGUAUCUAUAGCGAAUAUUUAUGCUACAACACUUAACCAUGUUUUAGGAAGUCUACGCUUAUUUAUCAUUUUGUAAACUAACUUGCAUUAUAUGGAGCAAUGUUCAUUGAUGCUCUGACUAUUGUCUAUUUACC